UUUGUUUUUCAGUACCUGAGGCCCCCGGACCGGUCCAGCCACUAAGCGGGCGGCGGCUUUGCAGUGCCUAACAGGCGCACGUGGUCCCUCCCUGACCGCUCUUGGACUGAAAAGGGGCGGCGCCCGGCAGGGUGGCAGGUGCACAGGAGACUAGGGGUGCCCAGUGGUCCUGACCUGCUGCCGAAUGUCUGUCCCCGAGGAGGAGGAGACGCUGCUGCCGCUCACGCAGAGAUGGCCCCGGACGAGCAAGUUCCUGCUGUCCGGCUGCGCCGCAACCGUGGCCGAGCUAGCAACCUUUCCCCUCGAUCUCACAAAAACCCGACUCCAGAUGCAAGGAGAAGCUGCCCUUGCUAAGUUGGGAGAUGGUGCAACAGAUUCUGCCCCUUAUAGGGGCAUGGUGCGCACGGCCCUAGGAAUUGUCCAGGAGGAAGGCUUCCUAAAGUUGUGGCAAGGAGUGACACCCGCCAUUUACAGACACGUAGUGUAUUCUGGAGGCCGGAUGGUCACCUAUGAGCAUCUCCGGGAGGUUGUGUUUGGCAAAAGUGAAGAUAAGCACUAUCCCCUCUGGAAAUCGGUCAUUGGAGGGAUGAUGGCUGGUGUCAUUGGGCAGUUUCUCGCCAACCCCACCGACCUGGUGAAAGUUCAGAUGCAAAUGGAGGGAAAACGGAAGCUAGAGGGGAAGCCCCUGAGAUUCCGUGGAGUACAUCAUGCGUUUGCAAAAAUCUUAGCUGAAGGAGGAAUACGCGGGCUGUGGGCAGGCUGGAUACCCAACAUUCAAAGAGCUGCGCUUGUGAACAUGGGAGACUUAACUACCUAUGAUACAGUGAAACAUUACCUGGUGUUGAACACACCGCUUGAGGAGAACAUCGCCACUCAUGGUUUGUCCAGUUUGUGCUCUGGACUCGUAGCUUCUAUUCUGGGAACACCAGCUGAUGUCAUUAAAAGCCGAAUAAUGAACCAACCCCGAGACAAGCAAGGAAGGGGACUUCUGUAUAAGUCAUCAACUGACUGCUUGAUCCAGGCUGUCCAGGGGGAAGGCUUCCUGAGCCUGUAUAAAGGCUUCCUGCCAUCCUGGCUGAGAAUGGAAGAUACUUUACUCCACAGAGACUGCGAUUUAAAGGGGGCAGCACUUUCUAUUUCUAUGGAAACCGAGUUCUCUCUGACUCCACUCUUACCUAAGAGUGAUCUAUCUGGUCCCAAUCUCUCAAGACCAACCACUGAGACCCAGCGUGGUGUUUCCUAAAGAGUGGAACCUGGACCACUUUGACCUUGGACCAGAAGGUUUAGACUUUGAACCGCUGAUCUCUGCAGAAGCAUCUGCCUAGAGGAGCGCCAUAGGGAGCCAGCCCCUCAGACCUGGAUAGACAUCAGCGACGUGGAAGACUGUAGUGCUUAGGAAACACAUGUAACCUGCACGCCAGUGUUCACUGUUGCAGUGUGACAACUUGCUCUUCUGUUAUUAGACUGCACGUGCCCGUAAACGACAGGGAGGCAAGCGAACGUUCAAGAGUAACCGUUUUGAGUUUCCCUAGUGCUGAAAGAAAUUGCUUCAUCGUUUCUUACAAGGAUGGAAAGAUAAAAGAGGCAAAUUGAAGUGAUGUGUGGAUCACAAGGACAGCAGCCACCUGCUUCAGGGCCUGCCUUUACGGGUGUGGCUCACUGGUGGCCACUCCUCCAUGCACACUAGAACCUAGUAACUUACCCUGACAGCCACAGACUGUCUCAGUGAGAGCAGAACCUUUGCUGUGUGUAGCAUACCCCAUUACAGCCCGCAUUGGUCAGUAGCUCUGAGAAUCUUAACAAACGGAAACAAUAGCAUAUUUGACUGAGAUUCAGUUCUCAGGAUCGUGUUUGGAAGCACCCAAUCCUGUCAUCAGCUCUUCCUAAGUGUUUCUGGAGCAAGAUCGGCAUAAAGCCAGCUCUCUCUGGUGUAUCUCCUUCUGUACCUGUCCCCUCUGUUCACAGAGAGGGGAGGACAGGGAGAGAACUCAGACGCCAUUCCAGAAUGUUCAGAAGCCCAAGUAUUAGUCAUUUUGAAUCUUACUCAUGCUUGCAUAAAAUGUGAGGAGUGCACACCAUCUGUGGUUCCUGACUUCAGUCUUUGCAUCUAGUCCUUUUUCUUGUUUUCAGAGAGUUUCUCCAGAGUCACUUGCCCACACCUGCUUCCCCAGCCACAGACACAGGGCAUCUCAGGAUGGAUGGGCUACAGCUAGGGGUAAAGGCUGGGGAUGUUACUAGGAAAAUUCCGACUGCUCAGGCCCAAGGUAGACCUCAGAACCAACCACAUAGAUGUCAUGAUGGACAUAGAUACUGGCGUGCAGUGUGACUGUGGAUGGGUAAUCACUGCCAUUUUAAAGGAGGAAGCACACUUUCAAAGAUCUUUCAAUGUGUGUAACCGACUCACUUUUCUACUCGCAGAAGGUGAAGUUCCAUCUCUUUACAUCUUCAGGUUGCCUACCUUUCCAUUGCAUUGGUCAGUCUGUAAUUGAGUUGCUAAAUACAUAUAGUCUAUACUACACUAUAUUAUAUGCUUCAAUCUCCAAGGAUUCUGCUCCACAAACUGAAUCACUUUGGAGAAGUUUUGAUUUUCCUAUGUUUUGUAAUGUUUAUGACUAAGUAAAAGAUGGAAUUAAAUAAUUAUAUGCAAACUGGACUAUUAAAAA